UGCGUCUCGAUCUCAUACAAGACUUAGUGUAGCAUAGGAUAAACAAAUGGAUGGAAUCAUGGAAACGGUAACCGUAGAAGCAAUAAUCAACAUGGUUUUUUUCCCCAUCUGAUCUCUUUCUUUGAGCUUGUUUCUGAAUUGGAUUUGUGGGUAUCAAUAUCAUUGAUUCAUCUGUGAAGCUUUAUAAAAAUGGAAGCAGCCAUGGGAUUGAUGCGAAGGAUUCAUCCAAAGCACACAGAUACUGCUCUCUCUGCUCUUUUGUCUCUCAUCCCUCAACACUCUGCCGAUCUCCUUUCUCAAGUCGAUCAACCUCUUCAGGUCUUAUCAGAUGAAGAAAGUGGAAAAGAGUUCAUACUGUGUGAAUAUAACAGAGAUGCUGAUUCAUACAGGUCACCAUGGACGAAUAAGUACCAGCCACCAUUGGAGGAUGGCCUCUACCCUUCAUCAGAGUUAAGGAAUCUUGAAAUUGAAGCCAAUGAUGUUUUUUCUGUAUAUUGUGACCAGUAUUAUGAAGGUGGUAUUUCAUCUGUUUACAUGUGGGAAGAUGACAGUGAAGGAUUUGUUGCAUGCUUCUUGAUAAAGAAAGAUGGUUCAAGGACUGGUCAUGGGCGAAGAGGUUAUUUGCAUGAAGGACUUUGGGAUGCCAUCCAUGUUAUUGAGGUGGGACCUGAGGAUGAAGGCUUUGCCAGAUACUGUUUAACCAGCACUGUCAUGCUAUCUUUGACUACCAACAAUGACUCUUGCGGGACUUUCAGCUUGUCCGGAUCUAUAAGAAGACAGAUGAGUAUGCAACUAUCGGUGGCUGAAGGUCAUCUUUGUAACAUGGGAAGGAUGAUUGAAGAAAUGGAAGGCAAAUUGAGAAACUCAUUGGAUCAGGUUUACUUUGGGAAAACAAGAGAGAUGGUUUGCACUCUACGGCCACCAGCUGAUUUGGCGACGAUGAGACUACCCGAUAGCUGAUUCGUAUGUGAAAUCUGAAUGAUGAGAUUUGUGAUUUCGAUGUAUCACCAACAUCUAUUCGGACAUUUAGUCAUUUGUAUCCAAGAACUCAGGGGAAUUGUAAGCAUUUUCACUUUUAGAUACUUGUAAAAUGCCUGCCUUCUAAUUUUGGAGAUCCUUGUUUAUUUGUUCAUGGGGUUUAAUUAAGGUUCAUGGGUGCAUCUAUCUCUAUUGGAUGCAAUGUAAAAUGUCGAGUUAAGUCCUUGAAUGAACUAAAUAUGAGAGUAUGUAACAUCCGAAACAAUUCGUAUAUCGCUCUUUGUAUGGAACUAAGUUCGUCAUUGGUUAUUUGAGAGGCUAUUGUUUGAGUCCCA